AUGCCGUCUGAGAAACCCACAAUUGCAUUCUUUGGAGCCACGGGAGGCUGCGUCCUCGCCUGCCUGGUGCUAGCUUUGGAGUCGGGAUACCGCUGCACAGCCUUGGUCCGGAAUCCAUCCAAGCUCCAUGGCCUACUCCGACGCCGCGGCGUGUCCGAGUCAAUUGUCACCGACAAGCUCUUCGUGGUCACUGGCAAUGUCAUGGAUCUCGAGGCAGUACAACGGACGCUGUUGUACCGCGGUCAUCCAGUUGAUUUAAUCAUCUCUGGAAUUGGCGGCCAGAUGCGGUUCGAUACCUUUCUCAGACCAACUAUUGACAACCCGACCAUCUGCCAGGAUGCCAUCCGUACGAUACUGACCGCUACACGCUCCUCAAUGAACAAACCGCGACUUGUUGUCCUUAGCACUACCGGCAUCAGUAGUGGGAGACGGGACGUUCCUCUCGCCAUGUGGCCAAUGUAUCACUGGAUGCUGAAAGUGCCCCAUGAGGACAAGAGGGUGAUGGAGAGCCUGAUCCUGGAGGAGGCGAAUAGGCCAGGGCAUGAGAAGGGCGUCCAGGAUUAUAUCGUCGUGCGGGCUAGCCUGCUCCAUGACGGAGGGGGGAAUGGGUUGGGGAAGAUCAAGGAAGGGACAGAAGAGAGUCCUUUGGUGGGAUAUGUGAUCAGUCGCAAGGAAGUGGGCCUGUGGUUGUUCGAAAAGACGGUGCGCCCAUAUGGACAGGACAAUUCAUACUGGGGGAAGAUUGUCACCAUCACAACGUGA